ACCAAUGGCAAUAGCAACGUCAAAAACGCCAACAGAGAAAGCGGAGGAGGAGGCAGAGGCAAUAUUAACGGCUGAAGCAGUUAAAUACAUUUUACCAAAAGAAAGGUGUCAUGUAAUCAAGGCAGAAUGAUGAUUCUUUGAGAAAUGAUGCGAGGAAAGUUAAUUCGUCCUGCCAAACAAUAAUAGCAUCACAGUUAUUGUUGGAAAAUGAAAAUGUUGACGCUUGCCAAAUGUGUGAGCAUUAUCAAGUCAACCAUCAAAGCACACUAGGAUGUAAUCAGAGCCGAAUAAAUGAAAAUGAGAACGGCAUUGCACCAAAUAAUGAUGGCGGUGGUGACGGUGGCGGAGAAAAGUCGAGUAUGGAGAAGGAGAAGAUACAUUCAAUUGGGGCAUACCAUCAUCAGCAUCAGAUUCAGAAUCAAAAUCAGCAUCAGGAACGAUCAAAAGAUCACCGGAAGGAUAUGGAAGUGCAGGAGAGCUUCAGUUGCAAGUCUUUGCAAGAUACAAUUGAGAUUUUAAAAAUUAAAAACAAUCCAUUCUCGCGUGACACUCAAAGGAUUAUCGCUCAGUUGGAGACUGAACUUUCCAACUUUCAGCGGGAAUUGCAAAGGACCUCUUCCUCAUCGUGUUUCUUAUCUGCGCCUUCGGAUGGCAGGCCUUAUGGGGAGUCCACCGGUGGCGGCGGUGGUGGGUCAGUUCAAGAAAAUUCAAAAGUGCAAAGCAAACGUGGUUUGAGUCUGAUGCUAGAUAAAAAACAAGGAGAAAAUCCUGAUGAACAAAAAGGAAACGAGGAAGAACCAACUUUGCAGGAUUUUAUAGCUGACAAACUUGAAGUUAAGUUUUCAAAACAUUGCAACAGACCUAACUCAUCGUCAACUCGAGACCGAGCAACUGCAAGCAUUUCAAAAGAAUACCAAACAAACUUAAGGAGCCCCACUCAAAUGUUCUGCCAUUUGGAAAAAGAAAAGUUACUCCUCAUACAAAAAUUUCGAACAUCAGAAAUGCAAACCAUCCAGGGAGAUCUUAAUGAACUUCAUGUAUUCAUCAAAGACCAAUUGAAUGGUAUUUACAGAAGCAUCACACGAGAGAACUAUCAGAAUUUAAAGUACUUCUCUAACGACCAGAGUGAGACUUGGAGUUGGAGUCAGAGUCGUAGUCAAAGUCAAAGUCGAAGGACUGCACCGUCUGACAUCAAAAACAAACAGAAAAGUCGACAAAGGAAUUUUCUUACCUUGCAACAUGACAAAAAACAACAACAACCGGAAAAAAUACAAGCUAAAGGUCUGUCGUCGCUACCACCACUGGCGCUGCCAUUAUCAUCAUCGCCAACGGUAUCACCAUCUUUGACAGCACCGACAUCAUCAUCGGUUUUAUCAUCAAGCCAACAAAUGCAUGAGGGUGGAAUCUCACUGCCAUUGCUAUUGCCAACGGAGUCAAAGAAGAAGACAACGGAGGAGCUAAGGUCCAUUUGGCCAAGACAUUACAAAAAAUCAUUAUCAUCAUCAUCAUCAUCGCCCAGUCCAGAUGACAACGGAAAUGCAAACAACACCAAAUCAAUGAUGAAGCAGAAACAGGCGGCAGCGGUGGCGGCGGCGGCAUCAUCAAGUUCGUCGUUCAAGCUAUCGACAGCAUCAGCAGAAUCAGAAGCGGUAACGGAUGCAAAGAAGCGCCACCACCACCAUAACCAUCGUCACCAUAACAUUAGUGACGUUAACGUUAGAGUUGACAAGCUUGACAAGGCGGAUAAAGCAGUUUGUGGGAAAAAAUCAAAGUACUCCCACAACCUGCAGGUUUAUGCUCACCAUCAGGAACACCUCUUUGCCAACUGCCGUGAUGCUCAUUGUCGAUUCAGAGACACGCCCUUUUGUAGCGACAACCAUGAUGAUGGUGGCAGAAAAUAUCAUUUCUCAAAUGUCGUCGAUUGUAGGUGUCAGCGAUGGAGGCUGCGAGGUUCUUCUCCUUCCCAACCCUGCCCUCAACCAACUCAAAUAAAUGACAAAGUUCAAAGAAUGAUGGGUGCGCGGUCUACGAGGCCAUCAACAACAACUAAGAGCGAUAUUAAUUCUACAAAGAAGACCUCUCUCCUGUGUCCAUGUCCGUGUUCGUAUUCGUGUCCGGGUCAGUAUUCAGGUCCUGCUGUGAUGACCCACAAUCAACGCCAUCAUUGCCAUCAACAUUUAUCCACGACGAUGACAACGACGACGACAGGAAUAGCUCAAGACCGAAUACAGUUAAUAUCUUCAUCGUUACCCGCACCAACAUCAGUAGAAACAGCAGGAGCCGAGGCAGCAGCAGUAAUGAUAGCAGCACCAUCAUAUAUUUCGACAAGGCCAACAGAUGAGGAUUCAAGGAAAACUGAUGCCGUGACGAAUGCAGCCGUCAGAGCCAUCAUAAAGGAUGCUUACGCGACUACUGUCACCACCACCACCGACGACGCCGCCGCUGCCAUCAUUGUCGCCACCAACACUGCCACAGCAGCAAAAGCUGCAGGACACUCAAAUGGAAUUAGGGAGCCAUCGCACCACCAAACCCACAAUAGUUGGCAACGUGUUAACCUCAAAAAUCCCACUGGCUGUCAGAUGAAAAAACAAAUUUGCGGUCCUGAUGGAUACGAGUGCACAAUCAAAAACACCAACAACAACAAUGACAACCGCAGCAACUAUCCCGAGAUUCACGAUUGCCAAAAAUGCCGGGCCAACAGCAUCAAUCCCUUUUGUGGAGGACUGGAUUUGGAUUUGGGUUUGAGUUUGAGUUCGGAUUCGGCUAAAAUGCAUGUAGUUGGAGCUGGCGCUGGCGCUAACGCCGCCGCUGACGUUGAUAAUGGUGCAACUGCAUUUGGUGUCGCUACUGCAUGUGACGACUUCGACUAUAAAUGUGACGAUGAAGUGGACGUAAACGACGACGAAGAUAGGGGUAACGAUAGAGAUGAUUUCGGUGCUGGUGGUGAUGGUCCCAUUAAUUGGAAGGGAGAACACAAGUCGCUAGCCGAUGGUAAGGAAAAUUUCACAUGUCAUCCCGAAAAACGACAGCGGCAGAAGCAGAACCAGAACCAAAAGCAGAGGAAGAGGCAACAGCAAUGGCGGGAACAGACGACACCAAGGCUGCUGCAUUGCUGUGUUGCACAAUCAGCGCUAGCGUUUCAAACAGAUUUGGAUGAUUUUAAGGAAUUUUUGGAUGAAAUCAUUCUUUCAACACCAACAACGGAUUGAAACAAAAAUUACAGCCUUAGUUACAAUUCUGUUUUAUAAAUAUUUAUUAUUUAUUUAUUUAUUUCAUUUAUUAUUUACUGUAUAUUAUUUUUUAAUUGUUUAUUAAGAUAGUUUUUUUACAAAAAGCGUUUGAAUAGAACGAUUGGUCUCAAUUUUUACAUGUAAAAUAAUUGUAUUGAAUUAAAUUAGUUGGAACUUCGACUAUGAAUU